AUGGGGCCCAGCCAGCACCACAUUGAGGCUCAUGGGCCGUCAAGAGGAGAAUUUUGGACAAAAGUCUCUCGCCCGCACUUGUGGUUCGGUAUUUUACUUGGCUUUUUCAUUCUUCUUGGGUUAACCCUCUUCCUACCUCCAACAAUACCUCCGUAUCUUCUGGCUUUUGAAGAGCUGCCCAUCUACCAGUGCGGAAAUAGCCCCGAGGAGGCCAGUCGGAAUGGCUGUCGAUUCGAUGUGAUCUCUUUCUCCUGGCUGCCACCAGCUUGCUUUGACGCACAGCUAGUGGACGAUUUCCUCGCCACGAGCAAGUGGCAAUGGUACAAGGACAGUGAGACAAACACCACAAUUCCUGUCGCUGAAGUCUACCAGGGACAGCAUGAGUUGCUUUAUGUCUCGUGGGACUACCAUUUUUCGCACUGCACCUACAUGUGGGCAAAAUUGCACCGUGCAGUACUCUAUGGGUAUCCAAUUGAUGGAUACAUAGGAAAUAUUCACCACACGGCACAUUGCUCCGACUUGCUCCUUAGACAGGAUGACUUUCGCGCCAGCGGUAAAACAACAAUGAUCUUCACCAAGUACCCUUCAUGCGGGGAGGAUGUCGGUGCGAUGGCCGCCGAGGGGCACUCGGGGUGGUACAGGAUGCAGAAUGGCAGUCGGAAUUACGAGGUACCAGGUGGAAAAGUAGCUACCGUUGAACACCACGAUUAA